UCCAAUAAUAUCCCUGGGAUUUUUUUCCCAUAAGUUGUGUCGGAGUUGUACUGUGGGUGUGAUAAAUUCCUCAAUGGUAUCAUUGGGGAAUUAUUUUCGAGGCCAUUACUGCGCUUACGUGUAUUCUGAAAGAGGAGAGACGGUGAAUAAUUAAUUGCUUGUGCGCACACACCGAAGUUAUAUGGCAGUGGUGGUCUAAAGUCGAAAUAUGGACGUAGCAUGGACUUGCUGGCUAAUACGUGUGUAUUUAUGCCAUGGGAGAUGCAUGGUCGUUCCCACUAGCCAGAAAAACGACAAUGCGUAGGUUUUAGAAGAAGAAAGUUAACCGCACCAAAAAAUAGCACCAGUCAAAACCAAAAUGGCAACUAUCGAUGGCUCGUCUGAGCAGACUGUGUCAUGUAAUGCGGAAAGAUUAGUGCGUGUAGGCUAUUAUGAGUUCGAGAAGACCAUCGGCAAGGGUAAUUUUGCCGUGGUGAAGCUCGCAACACACAAAGUAACUCAGUCUAAGGUUGCCAUCAAAAUAAUUGACAAAACAAAAAUAGAUGCUGAUAAUUUGAGAAAAAUCCUCCGAGAAAUAGAGAUCUUGAAGAAAUUAAGACAUCCCUACAUAAUUCGGUUAUAUCAAGUGAUGGAAACAGAGCGCAUGAUUUAUCUUGUCACUGAAUAUGCCAGCUGUGGGGAAUUGUUUGAUUAUGUUGCAACACACGGAAAGAUGAGAGAGAGAGAAGCUCGGACAAAAUUCAUGCAGAUUGUAGCAGCUCUGCGAUAUUGUCACAAACGUGGCAUUGUACACAGAGAUCUAAAAGCAGAAAAUUUGCUCUUAGAUAAGGACUUAAAUAUUAAACUUGCAGACUUUGGGUUUAGCAACUUUUACACACCAGGAGAGCUGUUAUCAACGUGGUGUGGCUCCCCUCCUUACGCUGCCCCAGAACUCUUCGAAGGCAAAGAGUAUGAUGGGCCCAAAGCUGAUGUUUGGAGUCUGGGAGUCAUAUUGUAUGUGUUGGUGUGUGGAUACCUGCCGUUUGAUGCCAAAACCUUACAGACCUUGAGAUCGCUCGUGGUAGCUGGAAAAUUUAGAAUACCAUACUUCAUGUCCUCAGAUUGUGAUAAUCUUAUUCGUAAGAUGUUACAAGUAGACCCUGAGAAGAGAAUAAAUAUAGAACGGAUAAUGCAACAUAGAUGGAUAACAGUGGAAGGUCUAGACCCUAAAAUUGAAGAAAUCCUCCAGUACUACAACACACCGAAGUCUGAACUUCCCCCACCUGACAACGACCAGGUGCUAGAGCACAUGAUGCACAUAAUACCCGACUUAGAUAGAGAAAAAAUAUUGCAGUGUGUGCAUGGGAUGAAGUUUGACCACAUUAGUGCCAUAUACCACCUCCUGGAAGAGAAGGUGGCAGAAGCUGCAUCAGCUUCGGCGUCACCCUCCAUGGUCCUUUACCCACAGGCCCUCCCAGUUGUACCCACACACCACAGAAAGUCCUCCAUUACCACUGGGUUUGUCGACAGAAGUCCAGUCUCUGACACGGAUGAGACUCCGCGGGGCCUGGAGGAGACUCCGCGUGUCCUGCCUCUCUUCUCCUGUUCACCCAUUUCUCAAAAUCUGCCUGUCCUCCAUGACCCAUACCAGGCAAACUUUCUGGAGAAGUAUGGUGACACAGACUUCAGUGGAGAGUCAGAUACAGAUGAACCCAGUCAGCGGUGUGUACACAAGUACCUGUGCUCUAGAAGACACACUGUUGGACCUGGAGACACUCGUCAUGAAGAGGUAAUGGAAGCUCAUAUGCGAGGUCAGCUUCAGUUAUUAGCGCCAGGAGGGUUGGGAGCGAUGAGUGGCUAUCCGAUUCCUCCCAUGUCCCUCCUUCCUCAUACAAACUUGCCACAGAACCUUCCUCUAGUAAAAAACUUUCCUCCUCAAAACUUCUCCAUCAAAGAUCAACAUCUUCUCAAACCACCACCUUUUAUGCAUCCUGCAGGUGGAUUGGGUAGACGAGCAUCGGAUGGAGGAGCCAACCUUCAGAUGUACUUUCAGCGGCAGUUUCCUGAUGGAGGCUGGAGCCAUCCGAACAGUCAAGAGCAAAUUACGCAGCUGGGUCUAGGUGCCAGUUGUCUAGGGGGUCACUCCCAGCCACUGCCUCAGCAAGAUGAUGACCUUCUGGGUCACAGAGAUGAUGAAAUUGACCCUAGUGAUAUUGCCCAGUACAUGGCAGGUAGAGGAAGCAUCCAGAGAGCAACAUUACCGCUGGUCACACCUAAGGACGGUCAAGAACCCCAGAGAAAGAUGCCACCUAAUAGAGCAAGAAAAACUGGGUUACCUAUGGUGACAGAAAGACCACCUGUAAUCAAUCCAGAAUUAAGACUGGAAGCCGAAGAACGAAUGAAACGAGACUAUACGUCAUCCCACCUGCAAAAUCUAUAUAACAAUGCCCUGCUUAUGGGAACUCCAUUGGCCCCAGGCAUUACUACAGGCAUUCCUCCAUCUUCGAGCGCAAAUUAUGCCAUCAAACCAGGCAUCGUGUCCGGCAUUCCCCAUCCUCAGUCCUCCAAAAGACUUCCAACUACUUCUCCUCAUAACUUGUCCAACCAUCCUUAUAUUGGGUACAGCUGUUGUUCUCCACCACUUAGUAUACCCUCCUCAUCCUUUGUUUCCCAAUCAUGUUCUUCUUCUUCAUCUUGUUCCUCCACUUCCCAUCCUUCUCCCUCCACAACCCCAGGGAUAAUCUCAGGUAUUCCACCCCAUAACAACAACAACAACAUCGUCAACAACAACAAUCCAUGGCAAAAACACAGAGAACGAAAGAGAAAGACUGGCCUUCCCACAGUGCUGGAAAAUAACUGGGUUGUCUCGGCUCCAGCAGAAGCGACUGAUUGCACCACAGUGGGUAGAGAAAAUUAUAAGGAUUCCAUAUAUCUCACCUCGGAUCGUUACUCCCCGGGAAACAUUAUGCGCCGGGCAUCAGAUUCGGCCACCUUCAGCCUCUCCAAUAUAAAUCAAGAAUUCCAGCAACUUCAGAAGCACAGCGGAGUAACAGAUGCAGCCUUGCAGGCAGAACUUCAGCGUGGUCACUCUCUCCAUCGGAUGGGAGCUGCAUCUUCUCCAACGUCGUGUGCACACAGAGGGAGCUCACCUGCCCCGAACAUCAUGUCACCUUGCCCACCAACCGCCAUGCUUGGGGGGUCUAUAGCUGGGGGGUCACCGUGUCGUUCCCCGCUUCCUCAAACUCCAAGCCCACUCCACCAACAGACCAUCCCUCUGAUCUCACCGACACCCUCCCCACCAGUACCUCCAACAACUCCACCAUCAAUACCAAGUUCCCCGUUACACCACAGUGGGAGUAGCAUAGAAGGUACAGCUCUCAGUUUGAGUCGGCUGCAACUCCAUCCCCCGUCCUCGCCUGCUGGGCUUCGCAGCCCAUCACACCGCCAGUCACCUCCUCUAGUGUUGUCUCCUCAGCCUUCAUCUCCAGUAUCUUUGUUAAAUCCAGGUGCACCCCUCUCACCACCUCCCCCAGGCCUCAUACCACGGCCUGGGCCCUCACCUCCACCUCUUGCACUGGACAGUAUUCGAGAGGAGCCUCUAGGAGGAUGCCACAUUUCCCACCAGAUACCUCGGAGCACACACACCUUCACUCAGAACCCCCAAAUCUCUAUAACUGAUGAGAGUGGGGGCCAGGUGAUUAUUGGUUCCUCAUCAGACUCUUCGCCAGAUGUGUCAGAUGACAUGGACUCUUCGCCCUUUCCUUCACCUCCGGCUUCUGACCACAUUACUUUGUUUCCUCAUCUUUCUCCUCAAAGGUUAUCGAAAGGCCUAAGCUUAGACUCUGCGCCAUUACCAUGUGUUGGUCAGUAUGACACUCAAGGACCAUCCAUAACAAGGGGUACGGCUGGGUUUUUUGCAUCUUCGCGUAGACACCCAACAACGGACAACAACAAUGUCCAUAGAGCUCGUAAUGAACGAAAUUUAGUGCGACAAAAUGCCAUUACAGGAACCCCACGGAACCACAUGCUUAUUACCAGCAUGGAGUUUAGACAUAGUUUUCCUCCAUUCCAUAAUGGAGGAACAGGUGAAAGUGACACAGAAAUGACAGACAUUAGUCCUUCAGGGGAUCAGUUGCCCUUAGUGGAGCGUGGCGUCAUAGAAUUGGAGUUGCCUAAAACAGGAAGUGGCUCUUUCUUAUUGACCCUUCCAACUAAGUGGUCAGGUAUGGCACAGGAAGAAUUAGUAGGUAGUAUAAUGCAUAUACUUGAGAGGCGAGCUCCUUCAAUUGUCCGAGAAGGAGUUCGGGACUGUGGCCUUUCUAUAAGGGACCCAACAGGAGCCCAGGUGGACUUGGAGGUGCACGAAGGGUCUGCGGCAGACUCUCGUGCCCUCAAGAUGCGCAGAGUGUCUGGAGAUGAGGACCAAUAUACACAGCUUUGCCAACAGCUAAUUGAUUGUAUGACGACCUAACAUUGACUGUAGUUUACUGUGUGUGUGAUGUGGAAGUGUUUGCACAUGCAGAUACUUCCAGAAUGGAUCGUGUGCAAUUGUCGAAGAGUGCGUUGAAGUCAGGAAAUAGAAGCCGUAAGUAGUUUAUGGUGAGGCUUGAUUUCCUUAUGAUAACACCUAACACAGCCCCGUAAUGCAGUGCUUGUUUUCCUGUUCACAACUCUGAACACAAACCAUGUGGCAUCACUAUUUGAGGCUUCAACUUUCUGAUUUCAAUACUUAUUGACUUGUUUAUUUGUUGUAAUAGUAAAAGCCAUUUCUAAUCUCUCUCUAAAUAGACAGGAAAAUUUAAAGCAGACUAGUGUUUAGUUGUUUCUUUUUCUAUUGACUUUUGUUAUUUAAUAUCAUUGAAAUAUUAGAAUAUUAGUAUUCUAAAAUUUUGCUUGGGUAUUCUCUGGCCUGUCUAUUUAGUAUCAUUUAUAAGUUAUGUUUGUGUAUGUAUGUUGUUAUAUUAUAGAAAUGUAUUUCACAUUUAGAUGUUAAAAUAGUCAUUAAGGAUUUCUCAGUGUCUUUCAGGAUUUACAGCCAUCAUUUUCCUUUUUAAAUCUAAUUAAUUGAAAAUGACAUUAUUGAACAGAGCAGAAGUAUCUGCAUUUUAAGUGCAUAUUAUAUCCAUUUAAUUCUCUACAAGUUGCCUUCUGGACUGCAUUCCAUUGUUGUGGUUAUUCUGCUCUUUAUUCAGAUUUUCAUGUAUAUCAAAGGCCAAAAGUAUGAAGGAAAUAUAAAGGCUUUGUUUUUGAAAUGCCAUAUGAAAAUAUGGAAAAUCUGGGCAUUGGUUUGGUAUUACAAUGUGUUCAGUGUCUUUAUGAAACAGGCCAGUGUUUUGACUGCAGAAAGCUCAGGCUAAAUUUAGUGCCUUUUGCUUUAUGACAGUGACACUUGACAUCUUUGGUUCAUUUAGGAAUGAGGUUGAUGCUGUAUAAACAAACUCAUAAGACAGGAAAAGUUUAAAUUUAUCUUGAUAGUGUAUGGCUACAUAUAUUUAAUAAGUAUGACUUUAUACUCUCUCACAUGCACAAACAAUUCAUUGGAAGGGAACACCAUAAACUUAAGGAAGAAAUAUCAUUUUCAUUAUUGGGAUUUUUAACUAUUUUUCUAUAUUAGUAUAAAGUGAGAAAACAUCUAAAUUUAAAAAACAAAGAACAUACUAAAUUAUGUCAUAACACUUGUUCAGUAAAUGAGUAGUUGGGCCAAAGACUUGCUUUUAUAUUUCCACUGCUUUUGGAAAUGCCCCUCAAAGUGCCAACUAAGUAUUUCCUCUGGGUAUCACCUAGCUGCAACUGCAUACACCUAAAGGCAAUACAGUCAAGCCUCUUUAAUCCAACACACUAAUGGAUGUUAGAGCAAGUCUUGUUUUCACCCAUGACGAUAAGAAAUGGAAUUAGUUAUUUAGUUUAUCAUAAAGACAAAACCUGGCUAAAAGCAAUUUCAAAAAGUAGUUCCUAACUUCAUGGAAGUAUUAAUUUUUAGUGUUGGAUUAUCAAGGUAUGGCUACCCUGUGCUGAUCCUGGCGACUUUAUAGAGACUUGGUGCUACUGGAGAGGAUUAGGACUGACAUUGUUUAGCAUUGAGUCUUUGUGUACAGGCAUCCUACUAUUGGUGUUAAAAUCUACUAUUUUUCAAAUAUAUUUAUGCAAAAAUAUUAUAUUACUGUAAAGUUUAAAUUCAUAGGUACUUUGCUUGGAAAAAUAAUUAGUUUAAUUUUGAAAGUUUUCAGUGCUUUAGAUGAAACUGUAACAUAAUAAUUAAACACUUCCAGUGAUAAUUAUUUCAUAGUCAGCUAUCAUAGCAAAUUUUCAUAUAUUUUAAAAAUGUUGCCAAAGUUCUAAGAGUAGUAUUUUUUGUACGUGUGAUCAACUUGUCAUGUGUAUGACCAAGGUAAGAUGAAGCUAAAGUUGGGUGGCAAGAAUAAUACAGUACGUAUUCAAACAAUCUACCUCAUACCAAAUUAAUGUAAACCUGAUUAUAAUAAUUUAAAAUGAUCUUGCUUGAGAAAAUAUGGAAAAUUCACUAGGAGGUUAAUGCCUUUAUUGAGCAAUGAUUGUACAUUUAAGAGGUAAAAAGACAAAAAUAUUUUUUGUGUAGCAGAUUCAAAGGCAAGAAUCUGUUUUGUAGAUGAAAGAGAAUUAAUAGUGUAAUCAAUCAUUUUUACUGAUGAAGAUAAUUAUAUUUCAAGCUACCAUAAUUUUGAGGAUGGUGGAAUAUAUGCAACUGGAUUUACUUGGAUUAAAGUGUUAUAAACAUGGAUGAAAAGUGGGAAACCCUUGGACUAAAAACUAAAAAAGGAAAAGGGUAAAACAGUUCUAUAUAUUUCAGCAUCAGUCUGAGACCCCCUUCAGCAGAACUGAAAAGGGUCUCUUUGGAUGGAGUAAAAACACAGUGUAUUAACCAGUCAAUUUCCACAAAAUUUUGUGUUAUUGGUAGUUGGAAAUUAGUGUGUAUUCUCAAUCAUAAGAUUAUCCUUUAAUUCCUCUAGCUUAAAGUUUCCCAAAAUAUACCCUUGAUUUAUGAAUGAAAUAAAUUAGUUGUAGCCUCGCAGAAAUCUUUGCAUGAGAGUGAGGCUUAAAACCUUCAUUAAUCAAAGUAUGUUGGCGUAUUUUGUUAAUUUCAUUCUUGUUAAAGCAAUUAAUGAUUUAAGUUUCUCUGAUUUUAAAUAAUUAAUUCCUAAAUAUAAAAACUUAAGAGUGACGACAAAUAAUGGCAUACUUUUGCACUGAUUAAAUAUUGCACAUGCAGCAUUCUACUAUAUAUGUUAGCCCUUGUGGCUUAGCGCUUCUUUUUGAUUAUAAUAAUAAUAAUAAUAAUACUAUAUAUGCAGUACAAAUCUUUGAGUGAGAUGCUCAUUUUAUAGUGACAGGCAGGGUAAUUUUUUUGUUAUAUUGAAAAACAAAUUCCUUUAAGAAUUAUGGAAGACAGUAAGUAAGUGGAAUGAAUUUUGAGGACUAACCUUUGUCUUGAAGAAGAGUUCCUACUACACUACAUACAACAGUACACACAUUCAUGGUAUUUAACCCUUAAACUGUCCAAACAGAUCUGUGUUCACAUGUGUAGUGCUUCAAAAGUAGAUUAAUGUUUUUUUUGCAUAUUUUCAAAUAUAACAAAAAAAAACAUAGAUCAAAGUUUUUUUACACGUUUUCAAAUGUAAAAAAACAAAAAGAAGAUCUAUUUUUUUUUUUACAUACUUUCAAAUGUUGAAAAAACGUAGAUCUACGUUUGGACAGUUUAAGGGUUAAUGAUGAUGAUAUUCAUGUGUUUUAUUUUUGAACACUGGCUGUCUCCCACCAAGGCAGGGUGACCUGUAAAAGAAGAAACAAGUUUUUCCUUUUGCAUUUAUUAAAUUAUACAGAAGGGUUACAAGCCUCUUGCUACUGGCAUUUUAGUCACCUCUUAUGACACACAUGGCUUACGAAGGAUGGAUUCUUUUCCACUUCAUUGAAGUAUUGAUGAAUUAAAAAAAAAAAUCAGACUUAUGGUAGAGUCUAGAUACAAAUAUUUGAAUUGGAAGGAUAUCUUUUGAAUUGCAGCAGAUUAGUAAAAAAAAUCGUGGGACGUAUUUUGUGAAGAACUUGGAACUAAAUUUACCAUGGGUGGGGAAGGGGGCUGACACAAUGUAAUUUGUGUGGGGGUGGGUAGUGUAUGUACACACAGUAUGCAGUAGCUGGUGUAUAAAUGAUCAGUCAUAUAAAUUGUCUGGAAAAGGCUGAGUUGUGUAGCAAACACUAUGAGUUAAAGUGUAUCAUGUAGGAAAACCUGGCAAAUAAUAUAAUGUCUACUGCUUAUAUUAAGACAGACAUCCCAUGAAUUGUUCACAUUGUGAAAAUGAAAAUGGCUAAGUUGAAGUGUGACUUGGUUUGACUAGCUAAUUUUUUUUUUUUUUUAACACGUCAGCCGUUUCCCACCAAGGCAGGGUGACCCAAAAAGAAAGAAAAAAACUUUCAUCAUUAUUCAACAUUUUCACCAUCACUCAGACAUAAUCACUCUCUGCAGAGGCACUUAGAUACGACAGUUUAGACGUCCCUCCAAACUGCCAACAUCCCAAACCUCUCCUUUAAAGUCCAGGCAUUGUACUUCUCAUUUCCAGGACUCAAUUAUGUUGACAUGGAGAGCGUAUAAAUCUGUAUGGGAAGGAAGGCAGGGUAGGGGUCGUCCUCAAAAAGGUUGGAGGGAGAGGGUAAAGGAGGUUUUGUGGGCAAGGGGCUUGGACUUCCAGCAAGCAUACAUGAGUGUGUUAGAUAGGAGUGAAUGGAGAAGAGUGGUUUUUGGACCUGACGAGCUGUUGGAGUGUGAGCAGGGUAAUAUUUAGUGAAGGGAUUCAGGGAGACUGGUUAUUUUUGUAUAGCCAGACUUGAGUUCUGGAAAUGGGAAGUACAAUGCCUGCACUUUAAAGGAGGGGUUUGGGAUAUUGGCAGUUUGGAGAGAUGUGUAAUAGGACGGUAUAUAUAUAAUUGGGGCCCUGAUAUUAUAUUCUAUAGGGAGUUUAUUAUAUUACUUUAGGUCACUUUUUAUAUUGUAUUUUUAUAGAUGCUUCUAAACUGUUAUACAUAUCUGGGCACCUCUGCAAAAACAGUGAUUAUGUAUGAGUGAGGCGAAAGUGCUGAAUGAUGAUGAAAGUAUUUUCGUUUUGGGGAUUUUCUUUCUUUUUGGGUCACCCUGCCUAGGUGGGAGAUGGCCAACUUGUUGAAAAAAAAAUGUGCAUUGACUUUCAACAUUUAUUUUCUUAAAUUUUAAUGAGGAAAUUAACCUAGGCAUUAUUAAUGUAAACAGGGAAUACGAUUAUUCUGCUCAUUAGCUUUAAAAGAAUUGCAUACAAAAUAGUGUUGGUGUUAACACUUAACAAUCUUGAUCAAAGUGUCAUGAAUACAUUCUUACAUUCCUGUUCAGUAAGAUAGUGAGGGAAGUGUAAUAAGUAAUUUGUGUGUUGUAUUUAUAUUCUCAUUGAUUUUAAAUGCAAACUUGCCUUGAGUUAUACUUGCUUAUAGCAGGGUUUUCUUAAAGUAUUGGUUUUAACAGCAUUUGUAUUUUCUGUUUUGUACGUAUAAAUUUUGGUAUGCAUCUGUUCCUGUGCAUGCCCAGUUUUUGUAUUGCUCCCUUUUUAUUGUUUUCUAUAUUUGGCAACAUUUUUAGAAUUUUGACUGUGGUUUGCUAGAAUUAUGAGAAUUACAAUUAGUAACACAUUUAAGUACAAGAACUAUAUGAUAUACACUUUGUAUAGUGGAAAAUCAGACCAAUGCACUGCACACAAGAACUCAAGGCUGAACCCAAACAUGAACUAAUGUACUCUUUUUAUGUACUUGCAUAUGUUUGAGCUGCUCUUAGUCUUUAUCUCUGUUGUUUCUCUUCUUGCCACAUUUGACAUUGUUGUUUAUAUUCAGCAAAAUUAGGAGUUUUCAAAUGUAUUUGAAAUUUAUGCUCUGCAGUAUACUUACGUGAACUAAACUGACAUCUCGGGUAUCCGGGAUCUUAUUGGCAGGAAAUUUGAUCUUGCUGGACAUUGCCUUUCACGUUAAAUUUUUUUAAGCGUACCUCACUUCAAAUUCUCUUGUAAUGUAGAUACUGUAUGUAUAAAAUACUUGAUACGCUUGAAUUAAGUCCAUUAGCACCUGAUGUCCCACAAGAUGAAGAUUUGUACCAAUUGUUAUUGCCUUGGUCGGGAAUUGUAGUUCACCGAGACCUGGUAGAAUGGGUCCAUUUGAUCUAGUCAUGGAGUGCAGAAGUGUGGUACUGCAUUCCCAUCAUUCCAUUUUCCAUCAUUCCCAGUCAUUGUGUUUUGCAUCACCAUUCUUAAGUGUUUACAUAUAUGCUACAGUACAUGCUUUUAUGCUUUACCUACUUGCACAAGUUUGUUAUAUUAUCAAGCAGUUUGAUGUCUUAUACUUUAUUUCCAUUUUACUUUACAUUAAACAGGUUAGCUGUAGGUCAUCACUUACAUUUCAUUUGAUUUAUUAUGAUAGACAUUAUUUCAUCAUGUCAUAGUAUACAUUGUACAUUGUUAUGUGAUGUGUUUUAUAUUGUUCCAUUUGCUUUAUACAACUUUCAAUUGAAUUUAUUUUCACUGAGCCAUUUCAGUAAAAGAUUUUCUUCGUUUAUUGAUGUAUACAUCUAUUAUUUUAUGGUGUGUGUGUGUGUGCGUGUGUGUAUGUAUGAUAUAUAAUUUUUUUUAACAUGCCAGCUGUCUCCCACUGAGGUAGGGUGACCCAAAAAAAAAAAAAAAAAACUUUCACCAUCAUUCACACUAUCACUGUGUUGCCAGAGGCACACAGAUAUGUCAGUUUAGAUGUCACAUAUCCUAC